AUGUGUGUUCAUGAAAUACCGUUUAUUACGUGGCAUAGGCCAUAUCUUGUCUUGUAUGAACAAACCCUUGGGCGCCUAAUACAGAAUAUAUCCCUUCAAUAUACAGGAGAUGAUGCUGUUUCGUAUCGAUCGGCUGCGCAAGACUUCAGGAUUCCCUACUGGGAUUGGGCGGUUGAUUCACACCUGCCGCCUUCGACAACAUGGCCUGAAAUCACGAUUAGUACACCCACCGGCAAAGAGAGAAUGGCCAACCCUCUCUAUAGCUUUUCGUGGCCUGAUUAUCCGCUUAAUCACGAAUCUGACUGGUUUCCGACCUCAGAUGAUCCUAUUUUCUGGAAUUUUACUGGUUCACAAAGACAACUCGACGACGACGGGACUCUGUUGCAGUUAAACACAUCCGCCUUAACGGACAAAUAUAGUGUCUUGUCGAAAACCAAGGACUUCGAUUCCAUGGCAUCAACAAAUAACCGCGGCCCCAGUCUGGAGGACCCGCAUAAUGACAUCCAUGUCAAUACGGGAAGAUUUAUGCAGAAUCCGGUAUACUCGGCUUUCGACCCACUCUUCUGGCUUCACCACGCCAACGUAGACCGCUUCUUCGCUCUCUGGCAAGCGAUCAAUCACAACACAACUUACCAAACGCAACCGGCAAAUAUCACUUCUGGAACUUUCACGCAGGCGAAGAACACAUGGAUGACAGCCGACAGCCCCUUGACACCAUUCUACCAAGGCGACGGACAAGACAUGCACACCGGCAGAAGCAUAGCAUCUAUCAAGACCUUUGGCUACACGUACCCGGAGAUUAACGACUGGUCCAUGAGCCCCGAACACACACGACAGCUCGUCAUCCGACAAGUCAACCAGAUGUAUGGACCGUACAAGAUAGAAAUAAAGCCGGGAAGAACUACAGCAAUACCCUACCGCCAUCUGCAACGUCAACGCAGAGAGCGUGACGCACUGAACGCAGAGAGACAGUACUACGUGCAAAUAGGAGUGGACCGGUCCGAACUAGAUCUUCCAUGCACCAUCAAAGUCAUGCUGGGACCAGAUAUCCUCGCAGGGACUGUGAAUAUCAUGGCGAUGCCUGCUAUAGGCCGCACAAACUCCGAGAUCCAGCUCAACCGGGCGAUCAAGCAGCUGACUCAGUGCGUUGAGGAUAAAACAGUAGUGCCAUUGCUAGAGAGCAAGUUCAGGCUUGAAAUAAGAAAGUUUGAUGGGGCGGUGAUCCCGCUUGAGACGGUGCCGAGCCUCGCGGCUGAUGUUCAAAGCGUCGAUGUUCAAAUCCCGGAAACCGACGAUGAACUUCCGGACUACGGUGCUUUUAUAACCAGCUAUCCAAAGAUUGGGAGGCCUUCACAUGGUUACGCUCCGUCUGGAAAGGGGGAGAAUACCAGCUCAAGGUUGAGUUACUUUAGGAAAACAUGGAAUGAAAUUCUGGAAAUGAUAAGGUGGUAA